UUUGAGAAUUCCUUGGGCAGGUCAUUAUGUGCCACUGCACAAAGCAGCAACCGAAGGUGACUGGGAGACAGCCAAUGAAUUUAUAAGACGAGAACCAGAUAUUGCAAUGAGGGCUGGCAUAACAGAAGAGUCCGAAACAAUGCUCAUAGUUGCGGUGAAGUCGAAGCGAAGAAACAAUUUUGUGAAGAACCUAGUGAAGCAUAUGUUACGAGAAGAUCUAGCUCUUGGUGACACCAGAAAAAGGACAGCACUUCACAGGGCUGCAGGAGCUGGCAACAUUGAGGCUGCCAAACUGUUAGUGAAAGAGAACCCGUACCUGCCAAAUGCUCAAAACUACGAUAAACAAAUUCCUUUGUUUUAUGCAGCUGCUCGUGGGGAUAGAGAGAUGUGUCUUUUCUUGUUAAGGGUCACUAUUGUAAAUGAUGAUGAUGAGACAAAGCGUACCACCAGUCAUUUGUCUCAAUUCUUGUCUCGUUCUCUGACUAGGUGCCAAUCACUUAUUGCAAUAUUCUCAAAAUCCAAAACUAAUGGAGGAUGGUAAGGGGAAAGGGAUAGAUGAUCUCUGGUGGAAUCCUACACCGUUUGACGGUGAAUCAGGUUUUAAAAUUUUGCGUCAGCUGAUCAAUAGUGGACUUAAUGACAUUGCUCUAGCUUUGCUUCAAGACAAACCUAAGUUAGCAUUCUUCAUUCCGGAGAAAGAAAAUCAUCGUCUUGACCAGAAUUUUCUUAUGGCAAUUGCUCAAAAGCCUUCUUCAUUCCGAAGUGGAGCAUCCUUCAACUUCUUCCAAAACAAAAUCUAUUCGUGUGUUCCUCUGAAAUUGGAAAACAUCACAGAGCAUAAAAGAAAACCGGAUAUUGAGAAUGCUGCCAAAGGCUGCAUUUAUGGUGUCUACAGCGAUUUAGUAUCAUGUACAGUGAAGAAAAGAUUUCAUGCAACCUUUUGGGAAGUCAUAGAAAAUUUUGUGCCAUGUAUCAAGCACAUCCGAGAGAAAAAAAUGAUACAUCAUGAUGCACAUGAGCUUGUCAAAUUCAUUUGCAAGGAAAUCGUACAAUCAAAUUACUCAAGUGCAGAAAAGAUAUUUUCACCACCAUUAUUCCAAGCAGUAUCGUCUGGGAUUCAUGAAAUUACCCAAGCGAUUUUAAGGUCAUACCCUAAUGCAAUUUAUCUUCGAAACCAGAAGAAGCAAUCCAUAUUCCAUCAUGCAAUUGUGUGUCGUUGUGAAAAUGUGUUCAACCUCAUACAUCGAGUUGAGGAGUCUAAGACUAUAUUUUUGUCACAAUGGGAUGAAUCGAGGAACAAUGCUUUGCAUUUGGCUGGAUAUUUGGCAUCUCAACAACAACUCAAUCUUAGAGCCGGUGCAGCUCUUCAGAUGCAGCGGGAAUUGCAAUGGUUUAAGGAAGUGGAAAAACAUAUUUUGCCUAGAAACAAAGAAGAGAGGAACUAUAAGGAAAUGACACCUGCAGAAGUAUUUACUGAUACACAUAAGGACUUGGUGAAAGAAGGGGAGCAGUGGAUGAAAGGCACAGCCAAUGCAUGCUCAAUUGUAGCAGCUCUCAUUGCCACUGUGGUGUUUGCGGCUGCAAUUACAGUACCAGGUGGAAACAACGGCAAUGGCAGUCCAAUUUUUAACAAAAGAGCGUCCUUCUUAAUCUUCGGUAUAUUUGAUGCAUUCGCUCUUUUCUCAUCCAUAACUUCUGUGCUGUUGUUCUUGUCCAUCCUUACUUCUCGCUAUGCAGAAGAUGAUUUUCUUGUUACCCUUCCAAGAAGAUUAAUUUUUGGUCUCCUAACCCUAUUUCUCUCCAUAUUAUCUACCAUGAUAGCCUUUGGUGCCACACUCUAUCUUGUGUUUGAGGAAAGUUACAAGGCAUGGAUUAUUAUCCCUGUUUUUGUAUUGCCAGUCAUACCUGUGGGUUUUUUUGUAUUCUUGCAAUCUCCUCUCCUCCUAGACAUGUUCAAAUCCACCUAUUGCAGCAUUUUUCUGAAGCAAAGUGAUGGAAUGCUCUACUAGGUCAUAGGCCUGCAAAUAAGGAGUCUUUUCCCAAUCCCAUUUGUGUGAAACAGUGGUGCCAGUGUGUGGAUCAAAGCUGCGGGUCAGAAUAAGGUGCUCCUUGCUAGUGUGGAGUGGGGUGUUUUUUUUUUUUGGUAAUUAAUGCAAGUAAUGUGUGUGAGCAAGGUGCUCUUAUGUCUGUAAAUCAUAAAGAAGCUUAGAGUGAACACCUGUAAUUUUAUGCAAGUAUACCUGUGUUACUAGUAUUAAAUGGAAAAUGAUAUUUUUUUAUGAAAGAAAUCAUAUAUAAUUACUGA